CGCGGCUAUGGGUGUGCGGAAUGCAAUUUUAAACGCACGUUUCAAUUGACCUGUGUCGCAAACCCUGCGGUCUCGAGUACCUCCCACAAUCCAUCUUCACUAGGUGUGUGGCGCCUGGGUGGUCCAGGUUCCAAGGUUCUGUUCCAACGCAACCC